AUGGAAAUAUUAUUCGUCGCUUCGCCUACACUUUUAAGCUUGGCUCUUUUGACUGUUGGUGCAAAUGCUAAUAUCUUUCCCACAGAACCAGUCGCUGCUUCAAUCUGGAAUGGCGGUGAUAAUGUCCAACUUCUAUGGAAAGAUGAUAAUGUCGCACCACUAUUAAGUGAAUUGAAUGAUUUAACAAUUGAACUCAUGACAGGUACUGACACCAAUCAAACUUCUCUUUCUGUUAUUGGUACAAACAUUAAAGGUAUAGCAGGUUCAGCAAAUUAUACCGUUCCAAAAGAUCUUGGCAAGACUUUUGUGUGGUCAACUAGAUUUGAUAUUGAAAAAAUAGCACCUCCAGUCCCAAAGGCAACAGACCCACAGGCAACAACAACAUCAAAAGCACCGGAUGCACCAAAAACAUCAGAUGCACCAAAGGCAGAAGCACCAAAGACAACAGAUACAUCAAAACCAGCAUAUAGUAAUCCUCCAAAAGCUGCAGCUCCAACUUCUUCUCCCGCCGCUGCUGCUGCCGCCCCCACUACUGCUGCCGCCCCCACUACUACACCAACUCCACCAUCUGCAUCUGAAGCCAUCGGUAUAUCACCAAGUUCAUUGAUGAGCAUCGCAAUAGGCGGUGUAGCCUUUAUUUUCACCUACAUGUACUAA